CUCUGCGGGGCCCAGGAUAAACAUUUAGGUCUCCUCAUCAGUUCGGGUCCGCCUGGGUCACGUAAGAAAAUGUGGCCGGUGGUUUCCUGUGACAGAAGGACCCAGGAAUCCCUUCGCCGAGUUUUGUGUUUCUGCUGGUGGGGGGAAAACAAAAGGGAAAGAAAAGUAUAAAAAUACUCUAUGAAAAAAGGGAGGGGCUGAAUAUAGAGGAUGAAUAUAAAAUGUGACUAUUGACACAGUAAGUGUUUAUAUUUACAAGCAUUCCUGUAGCAACAGUAGAUUCAGUUUUCAGAGGAAGAAGAUCUUUGCGCUGAUGUCUUUAAACUUUCACAACUGAAUAUGUUCAGAGGUUUUUUUAAAGUACUUGGCCUUUUACUGAGUGUUGAAGCUGUAGAGUGUCUGGUUUCAACUCUUGUUACGCUACUCACAAAACACUAAUGUAAGCGUUACAGUUACAGUGAUAAAUUGGCUAAACAAAUGGUUAGAACUGACUUUUUUACAGGUAAUUUACUGGUAACGCUGCCCUCACCAUUAAAUAUGGGGUUACUGUUAUAAGGGCAGAAGGUGAGAGUUCCCUUGUAUCCUGAUACUUGUUUUGGCUUGGGAGAGGCUUUAGAAGAGCUUUCAGAGACAGAACCCCUGCAUUAAAUUUAAUCCUGCAAAGUAACGUUUUAAACUGUAUAGAUCUCACUGACGUGAAAUCUACAUUCUCUGUUUUUAUAAAGGAGAAAUAUUUGAUUUUUCGCAAAACAUUUGCAUGAGCCUGUUACUAACUUUACCUUAGUUCUUAAGGAAGGUUGGAUGGCCGAGUGAGAGCUCGUUGUUGUCGGGAAGACUGACGAUCGUCACUGAGGAUUCCAGCAUGCCCACAGAAAUGCAGGAGCUGCAGAAGCAAUGGCACUCCAUGGUACAGUCCAUCCACAGCAACUCAAAUGUUGUUGCCUUUAUGAACUCUCGUUUUGGCCAAUACUUAGAUGACCAUCCUUUUGUUGCCUUAUCACUCCUGAUGUUUGUUGCGGUGUCUGCUAUUCCUGUUGCAUUUUUUCUGAUUUUUGUUGUUGCAACAGCCAUAAUGGCCUGUAUUGGCGUGUUAAUUAUGGAAGGUGUUGUAAUAUCGAUAGGUGGCAUAGCCCUCCUUUGUGUGCUGUGUGGCCUGGGUGCACUCUCACUGGGAGUUUCUGGAGUACUGAGUGUUUGUUACGUCAUUCUUUCAACUCUGGUCAACUACUGGUAUGCUCAAAAGGGUCAGAUAAGGAAGCAGGAAGCUAAUGGAACUUUGCUACAGAGGAGUCCUUCUGUUUUGGAUCUCACUGCCAGUAAUGGAAAGAUUGAAUAAAUGGGAUUCUCCCCAUUUCCUUGAUAGCUGCUUAACUGUACUAUUCUGACCUUUACAGUAUAGUAGUUUACCUGCUGAGCAUUCAAACUCUGUGCACUGCUUAUAGGAACUGAAAAAAAUCAAUACACUGCUUACAUUGUUCCUGUAAAAUUAAUAGUAACAAUAACCAUUAAGCAGUGCAUUGUGGUAUCAAGUCUUACGUGCACGAUGAAAUGUUCCGCAGAAUUUGGUAAAGAGAUAUACUAACAAUAACUACUAUUAAGUCAGUGACAGUUAGGUGAAAGAAGGGGUAGGCAAGUACUUGAUUUCCCAUUUACUACUUUAUUUUUAGAUGGAGCAUCAUUCGAGGCUUGUGUGCAGCAGGUGGUUAUUUUGGUACAUGGUAGAUGUCAAAGCUCAGCAACACUGGAAAGGUUUUUUGAAUGUUGAAAAAAUACUUCUAAGCCUUAACAGUCUCUGUUAAAAAAUUAUGAGCAUACCAUGCUAAUGCUUUAUAUUAUAAGAAAAAGAAAAUUGGGUUUUAUUAUAUGUAACUCAUGGUGUAAGCUUUCACAUACCUGUUGCAUUAUUCCAAAGGGAUAUUUUUCUUGUUUUCCUCAUUGCCUCAUCACAGCCACAGUGUGCAAAUAGGUCUUGCAUUUUUUUUUUUUAAGGUAUUUAAAAAGCCUUUAAAAUGCCUGUUGUGCUUCUCAGUUGUAAUGUCUAUGUAUUUUGCUUAAACUUUUUUCAUUUUUGCAACUGCUACACUGUUUUUAAGCAUUAAGAAAGUAUCUAACAAUAUUAGUUUAAUAAAGUGUUGUUUGUUUA